AUGUCAAGAAUGAGAGCUCCCUGGUCCGAGGAGGAGGACGCGCGCUUGAGGGAUCUGGUCCAGACUUAUGGGCAAAAGUGGCAAAAAAUCUCAACUAUAAUCAAAAUGCGCGAAGCAAAGCAAUGCAGGGAGAGAUGGUCAAACCAUCUACGACCCGACAUCGACAAAUCUCCUCUAAAAGAAUACGAAAAGCAUAAAAUUCGCAUCUUACAACGUAAAUUUGGCUGUAAAUGGACUGAAAUUGCGGCCCAAAUUCCUGGACGAACUGGUCUUAUGGUGAAAAACUAUUGGUACAAUGAAGAAAAGAGAGCCAAGCACCAAAUGAGGAACAAGAUGGCUAUCAGCAGACUGCUUCUGUCGCCUAAUGAGAUAGAAGAGCAG